AUGUUGAAGAGACACUCCCCACAUCAGAUCAUGCACGCCUCAAGACCUUCACAUGUGCUGCCCAAGAAGUUCACCUGCCAAAGGGGAGAGGAAAUGGCAGCCUGGCCGUUCCCUCGGCUGUGGAGAUCCACAGAUUCAUUUCUAUUCCAAAUGACCUUGGUGGCUAUUCUGAUGCCUCUAAUUCUUGGUGACUGUAAUCCUCCUCCCAAAUUGCCAUUUGCUACUCCAAUCCAACGAUUUUAUGUAACAACUUAUACAACCGGAACUGUUCUGAAAUACACCUGCAACCUAGGCUACAAGAAAAUUAAUGCAAGUCACCUUACUUGUCAAUUCAGUGGUGAAUGGGUGUACACUAUCUUUUGUGUCAAGAAGGAGUGCAAACACCCGGGGGGGUUGACGAAUGGGAAAAUAGAAAUGAAGACAAAUCUUGCCUAUGGAUCAACCAUACAGUUCAUUUGCUCAAAAGGAUUUCAACUAGUUGGUGAAGCAACUAGUCAGUGUCAUAUCGAGGGAAAGGGAGUUAACUGGAGUAAUCCUCUCCCAGAAUGUGUAAGUGUCAAGUGUGAGUCCCCGCCUGCCAUCAGCAAUGGGAAGCACAGUGGUGGAGAUGAAGAUAUCUUCACCUAUGGCUCCUCAGUCACCUAUGGCUGUAACCCCAACUUCUUACUCAUAGGCAAUGCCACCAUUUUCUGCUCUGUGGUGAAUAAAACAAUAGGUGUCUGGAGCCCAGGCCCUCCUACCUGUAAAAAAAUCACUUGUCAGAAGCCCCAGAUUCCAAAAGCAAUCUUAGCCUCUGGGUUCCAAGCCGUUUACUCUUACAAAGACACCAUUGUGAUUAGCUGCAUGAAUGGCUAUGUUCUCAAAGGCAGUAGCUCCAUCCGCUGUGAAGCCAACAACCAGUGGUACCCUGCUGUUCCCACCUGCCAGCCCCAUGAGCCCCGUGGUUGUCAAAACUUACCAGACAUUCCCUUUGCUUCCUGGGAAAGCAACACUUUGGCAAGAAACAUGACCACAUUUGGAGUUGGAACACACUUGAAAUAUCAGUGUAAGCCUGGCUAUCGAUUCGUUUCAGGAGAGCCCCAGACUGUGACCUGUCAGGAGAAUUUGAAAUGGACACCUUCUAGAGGGUGUGAGAAGGUAUGUUGUCCAAAGCCAAACCUGGAGAACAUCAGAAUCAUAAGUGAGAGGAGAGACUUGACUCAUGUAUGUUUCUACACCUAUGGAGACUAUAUUUUCUACAUGUGUGAUAAAGGCUACAUCCCUGCUUCAACUGAUGGAAGGAGUUCAUGCCAAGUAGAUGGCAAGUGGGCACCUAAAACACCAUCAUGUAAGUCAGCCUUGUGUUCAAAACCAGAGAUACAAAAUGGGAAGCUGUCUGUGACAAAGGAUCACUAUUUUGAAUUUGAAAAUGUCACUGUCUAUUGUGAUAAUGGUUAUAAAGUGGUUGGUCCUUACAAUAUCAUGUGCUCCGAGAAAAAUAUGUGGCAUCCAGUGGUACCCAAGUGUGUGAAGGUGGUUCUUACCGGCUGUGAAAGCGUUCUUUCUGGAAGAAAGUUGCUACAGUGUCUUCCACAAUCUGAUGAUGUGAUAAAGGCCCUGCAGGCAUAUAAACUAAUUCUGGAGAUUGAACAAUUGCAAGCAGAGAAAGAUAUGUGGAUAAAGAACUACCAAACAUUUUCUAAAAACAAGGCCAUGAAGGGUCUACUUGUAUCUUUAAGUAAAUAUGCAGGAUCUAUACCCGGCAACUUCACGCAUCCUGAUUCUGGGAGACUUAGUAAACGGUCCCCAAGUCCUUCCCUGAGCUUCAGCAUCAUGGCCUGCAAAUUUCAGGGAAUAUUUCAAGCACUGUGGCCCCUCGGGCUCCUGUCUUUGCUCUGGUGUCCAGCAGUCCUGUGUGGUUGCGAUUUUCCUCCUAGAAUUGCCCAUGGACACCACAAAAUGGUUCAUUCCUACAAUAUCUUUAAAUAUGAGGUUCUCUAUAAAUGUGAUGAAGGAUACACUCUGGUGGGACAAGCAAAACUCUCCUGCAGCUCUUCUCAGUGGACACCCGCAGCCCCUCAGUGUAAAGCUCUGUGCCUGAAACCAGAGAUAGAAAAUGGAAAGCUAUCCGUGGAUGACAUUCGGUAUGUCGAAAUGGAAAAUGUCACCGUCCUCUGUGACUCUGGCUUUUCCGUGGUGGGUCCGCAGAAUAUCACUUGCUUAGAGAAUGGAACCUGGUACCCAGAGGUGCCCAAGUGUGAGUGGGAUGUCCCUGAAGGCUGUGAGCAAGUGCUGCAGGGCAGAAAACUCACGCAGUGUCUCCAAAGUGCGGAGGAGGUGAAAAUGGCCCUGGAGAUGUAUAAGCUGUCUCUGGAGAUUGAGCUACUGGAACUUCAGAGAGGCAAAGCAAGACACCCAGUUCUAGAGUCAUCGACGUGAUUUUUCCCAAAUGAGGAAGGAAAGGGUGCCUGGCUGACUUGUUGCCUUACAGUUAAUAUGGAUUGCUUC